AUGAGCUCUGUGGUCAAGUGGAAUGAGAUUAAAGAAGAAGAAAUGCGUGCUCUGGCGAGUCUGAAGAGGAUAGGACAUUACAUUUCUGUGGAUACAUCUUACGAGGGUGAGAAAGCAGUGCUGUCCAGCCCUGAGCUGUACUCAGAGGAGUGGAGCUGUGUCAGGCUGAUUUAUCAGAUAGCAACUUCAGAGACUUCAGCGACUUCACCCGAUCCUGCCAGGCUCAACCUGUACCUGAGGCAGGAAGGAGAGAGCUUUGAUCAUUUGCUGUGGUCAGCCAAGGAGCCUUCUGAUAGCUGGCUCAUAGCUAGCUUAGAUUUAAAGAACAGCACAGAGAAGUACAAGAUUGUACUGGAAGGUGAAAUGGGACAAGAUAAAUCUGCCAGUAUAGCAGUUUUUGAAAUUAAAAUAACUUCUGGAUAUUGUAUUGAAUGUGACUUUGAAGAAAAUCAUCUUUGUGGCUUUGUGAACCACUGGAACCCCAAUGUCAACUGGUUUGUUGGUGGAGGGAACAUUCGCAAUUCUCAGUCUGUCCUGCCCAAAGACCACACGCUUAACAGUGAGCUGGGUCACUACAUGUAUGUGGACUCUGUUUACAUCAAGCAUUUUCAGGAAGUGGCCCAGCUCAUCUCACCAAAAACUACAUCCCCACUGUCUGGCUGUUUAUCUUUUUAUUAUCAGCUUAAGCAGGAGAGUAGCAUUGUUUUCACCGUUUACUUGAGAGACACGAGUGGCUUUUAUGAAGAGAUCUGGAAAACAGACAGUGCCCUGAGCGCGGACUGGGCUCUGGCAGAAGUUGACUUCAAUGCACCAUACCCCAUGGAGGUAAUAUUUGAAGUCGCUUUCAAUAGUGCCAAGGGAGGUUACGUUGCCCUUGAUGACAUUUCUUUCUCUCCAGCUUACUGCAGCAAUCAGACAGGAACUCCUUUCAAUCCUGCCCAGGCAGGCUGCAAUUUUGAGGAAGAUCUCUGUAAUUUCUACCAGGAUCACAAAGAUGGUCCAGGAUGGAGCAGAGUGAAAGUGAAGCGUAAUGUGUAUAGAGCAGGAGAUCACACUACUGGGUUUGGUUACUUCUUGUUGGCGAACACAAAGUUUACAUCGCAGCCUGGGUACAUUGGACGUCUAUAUGGCCUGACGCUGCCAGGAAACUUGCAGUUUUGUCUGCGUUUUUAUUAUGCCUUAUAUGGGUUUUUCCAAAUGAGUGGUACUCUCACUGUUUAUAUCUUUGAGGAGAAUCAUGUUGUUCAAGAGAAAAUCUGGUCCGUCUUGGACUCUCCAAAGGGAGUUUGGACGCAAGCAGAAAUCUCCUUCAAAAAGCCUAUGCCUUGCAAGGUUGUCUUUGUCAGCUGGUGUAAGAGCUUCUGGGACUGUGGACUUGUGGCACUGGAUGAUGUAUCAUUGAGCCUGGGAAGCUGCCAGGCUGCUGAUCUGUUGCUGCCCAAUCCUGGAGAGUGUACUUUUGAAAAAGAUGAGUGUAUUUUUACCCAGAAGAAGAGAGGUCGUGGGAGUUGGCACAGGAGGAGGGGUCCAACUCCCACUUCAUACACCGGACCGAAAGGAGACCACACUACUGGGGUAGGAUACUACAUGUAUAUAGAAGCAUCCGACAUGGUCUAUGGACAGAGAGCAUACCUAGUUUCAAGAUCACUAAGGGGAACCUCUGGAAAACAGUGUUUGACAUUUUUCUAUCACAUGUAUGGAGCUGGGACUGGAUUACUAAGUGUUUAUCUAAAAAAGGAAGGUGAUGAUGAAGAGAUUCCUUUGUGGAGGAGGACAGGGGAACAAAGCAUCUCAUGGCUAAGGGGAUUGAUAGAAUAUGAAAGUGAUAGAAACUACCAGAUUAUUUUUGAAGCAAUCCGUGGUGUGUCAAUGAGAAGUGACACUGCUAUUGAUGAUAUUCUGUUCCAGGCAGGACCCUGUUUAGAAGUGGAAGAAAUUCAAUUCUCAUCAGGCUAUCCUGACAGUUUAAACGAAAUUGAGUAUUAAAUAGUCUGCUGAAAGGAAUGAAGUGCAUAGAAGAUUUGAAUGUGAGAAACUGCACAAACUGCCUAUUUUAAAACGUGUUUUAGGUAAAUACUGGACUGGUUUGAAUAUGUACCAACGUAUAGGAAGAACUCAGAGCACUCAUGUUCCUCGCCUUUGCAAUGAAAUUAUUGACUCAGGGCUUCUUAGACUGUUUUUUAAUUAUUUUUUUUUCUCUUUUGCAUGAGGUAUUAGUUAUUACAUAAAGGCUUCCCAUUUUGCACAGAUCAUUCAUUUUAAUGCUGUUUUUUUUUUCUUUUUAACCUUUCUGGUAUAUAGGUAAAAAGAGGAAAGUAAAGGUACACAAUUUAAAUCCAGUAUUGUGUUAUCUUAAAUCUGCAUUCAGUGAAUGUUUUGUGUUGGGUACCAAACGGAUUUUUGUUAAGGAAAUUAUAACUAUUUUGAAAUAAUAAAGAAAAUAGCAUUAGCUAC